AAACCAAAACACCAUCAUAAGUCCUUGGCCAAAGGUGCCUGGAAGCGAUUGAAAGACUUGCACGAUCGCCAAAAGUGGCGGCGUCACUUACCAAUAGAAAACAGUUUCCAGCAUUCUCCUUUCGACAACAAAGCUGGCACUUUACUGAUACCCAUUAAACAUAAGGAAAGCCCACCGAACAGAGUCACUGGAACAGUACCCAAGAAACCUCAAGACGCUGAUCCGGAUCCAAAUUGCCCGGUUGUUCGCUUCAGGCAGUUGCAAUUUGAACGCGAUCUACACAUCCACCCCUUCAGAGAUACCAAUGUGGAAUGCGGCAGCAACCAAAAGGACAUAGAAGUAGUGGAAGAUUUAGCCAAAAUGCCUAGUGAUAAAGAGAAUCAAGAAACCAAGCCACUGAACAAUAACAACACAAACGGAAAUGGUGGUAGUGCAACGAGUAAGCCAAAGAUCCAGCCAAAAUACAGCAUCCAUCGGGAUGUGCUAACCCACGAGGUGGUGAUCAAGCAAACGGGCUAUGCGGCCAGGGACAAGAGUAUUCCCUCCUCCCUGCGAAACUGCUGGCACAGCUGGAACUUCUUCGCACUCUUCACCGGCGUGAUUCCCAUCCUGCAAUGGCUACCCCAGUAUUCACCCAGGCGAGAUCUUCCGGGCGACAUUAUCGCCGGGUUCACCGUUGCCAUUAUGAACAUACCCCAUGGCAUGGCGUAUGGCAUGUUGGCAGGAGUUUCGGCCGGAAACGGUCUCUACAUGGCGGUGUUUCCAGUGCUGGUCUACAUGUUCCUCGGCACCUCCAAGCACAUAUCAAUUGGCACCUUUGCGGUGGCCAGCAUGAUGACGGCGAAGGUGGUGGACACGUUUGCCAACGUGGAGGAUCAUCCUCACGGGUUUCUGUCGAAUGGGGCUAACACAACCUCUGCAUUUGCGGAUUCCAUCGCCUCGACGACCGCAUCAUCUCUUUCGGUGUUUAAUGGAACAGCCAGUUCAUCACCUUUUCAGCAGUUGACUGCAAUUGCUGAUCCCAUCACAAAAGUAGAGGUGGUUACCUCUUUGGCCCUUGCCGUGGGCAUUGUAAACCUCCUCAUGGCUUUCCUAAGACUGGGAACCCUGUCGUCCCUGCUGAGUGAACCUCUGGUCAAUGGUUUCACGACUGCUGCAGCAUGUCACGUGGUCACCGCGCAGCUAAAGGAUGUGCUAGGCAUCUCAGUGCCCCGCCACAAAGGCGCCUUCAAGAUCAUAUUCAGCGUUAUCGAUGUGAUCAAGGGUGUGCCAGAAACGAAUCUUGUGAACUUUGGCUUUUGCAUGGCGGUGAUCUUGUUCAUGAUGAUUUGCAAUGAGUGCCUAAAGCCGCGCCUGAGUAAAAGAUGUCGCUUUCCCCUGCCCGCUGAGCUAAUUAUGGUGAUCGGGGGCACCCUGAUCUCCAAGUGGUUCAACCUGUAUGUCGACUACAAGGUUAAUCCCGUGGGAAACAUACCUAGCGGAUUGCCGGAGCCAGUUCUGCCGCGCCUGGAUCUGGUGCCAAAGGUGGCCGUGGAUUCAAUAGCCAUUGCCAUUGUCACCUACUCGAUAAUCAUGUCCAUGGGUCUAACGUUCGCCAAGAAGCAUGGAUAUGAGGUCAGGCCGAAUCAGGAACUGUUUGCCAUGGGCAUUGGGAACAUGGUGGGCGGCUGCUUUUCCUGCAUUCCCAUGGCUUGCUCCUUGUCGAGGUCCGUGAUCCAGGAUCAAACGGGUGGCGUGUCGCAGAUCGCUUCAUUGGUCUCCGCCUCGCUGGUGGUGGUCACACUCAUGUGGAUUGGCCCUUUCUUCAGCAGUUUACCCAGGUGCGUUCUGGCUGGCGUGAUUAUAGUGGCUUUGAAGCCGAUGUUUAUGCAGGCCAAGGAGCUGAAAAAGUUCUCUAAGCAGGGCAAGCUGGAGAUGUUCACCUGGAUAUCAACCUUCCUCUGCGUGGUGAUCAUCGACAUUGACAUCGGUCUACUGAUCGGCAUCUGCAUCUCCCUGCUGGCCCUCUAUAUCAAGGGCCUGAAGCCCUACUCCUGCCUGUUGGGUUACAUGCCAGAGGCACCGGGAAUCUAUAUGGAUCUCAACCAGCAUCGGAAUGCCAUGCAGGUGCCCGAGACACGUAUUUUCCGCUACAGUGGGUCGCUGAACUUUGCGACGAGUCUGUUCUUCCGUCGUGCCCUGUACGAGGCGGUCGGUCUGGACAAGAUUCCGCCGGCAAAGAACAGCAACAGCAGCAGCAACAGUAGUAGUCCCAGCAAGGGCAGCAAAUCGAGCUAUUCCCCGGUGUCGCAGAACGGAGGGAAGGCCAUCAAUGUCCAGCCAGAGCAGCCAUCUGGUGGGUUCAAGAUGCUCAUCCUGGACUUCUCCAUGCUGGGGCACAUAGAUGUGGCCGGAUGUCGCACUCUCACCGAUGUGAGCAAGGAGCUGAAGGCGCGAGGAGCCCGUUUGCUGCUGGCCAGCCCCGUAGAUAGGGUGUACGACACCCUGGUGCAUAGUAUGGCGCUCAGCGAAGGACCCUUCGAGAUCUUUCCCACGCUGCACGACUGUGUGGAAUAUGCCAAUGCCUGUCGAACGGCGUGAGAGGGUCAUUCUGAUACUGAUCCUGUUCCCGACUUCCCUGGAAGGGGAUGCAGGGGAGUGACCAGUUUUGUGAUAUGUCCAAGUGAUAGCUUGUGAGUCGUAGCACCAAAACCCCCUUCCUAGUUCGCUAAGACCUAUUUUAAACUGAAUAGAAACAAUGUCGCCGUCUACAAUCAAGCAGAAUAGGCUAAGUUUGUUUAAGUGCCUCCAAAAAAAUUGACUUUUGUACUUAAAGCAUAUACAGCCCACCAGUCAAGGCAACCGAAGAACUUUAGCGAUCAAUGAAGAGCAUUGAUCAAGUGCAAUUUGUACCAAAAUGAACAAUUCAAACACACAAUUAGUUUGUAGGGUUAUAUGUAUAAAAUGUACAUAAACAUUAAACUGAAUUUGUUGCUAUUGUGUAAAA